AUGUCAGAGAAGGAACCUGUCGAAGUCACAGGAAAAGAAGAGUCAUCUGAGGAUGACGAUGUUGUGGAAGUGCCGCAAGAAGGGAAUGCAGAAGUGACACCGCUCGGCACGGCGGAUGACGCGGAGCCCAGUGCUCACGUGGAAAAUGCUUCCGCCGCGCGCGAGACGCCUGAUGCGGAACCGGAUGGUGAGGCUCCGAAGGAUUCCGAAACAGAGGCAGCAGGGGAAGAUGCGGCGAAUGUGGACACAAAAGGAGCGGCUGCGGGCCGAGACGGAGCAGACGGCGGAGCAGCGGACCUGGAAGGCGGAGCAGAGUCGGAGAAGGCGCCAGCUGGUGAGGUUCCGAAGGAUUCCGAAACAGAGGCAGCGGGAGACGGUACGACGAAGGAAGACGCAGAAACGGCGACGGCGAGCCGAGAGGGAGCGGAUGGCGUAGGCGCAGAGGGAGCUGAGGCGGAUACGAAAGCACAGGCAGCAGGUGACGGUGCGACGAAGGAGGACGCAGGAACAGCAACAGCGAACCCAGAGGUACCGAAGGAUGGAGGAGCAGAGGGAGCCGAUGUGAGUACCAAGGCACAGGCAGCAGAUGACGGUGCGACGAAGGAGGACACAGAACCAGCAAGUGAGUUGUCGAAGGGAACAAGGAAGGGAGGAGCAGACUCGGAAAGCGGAGCAGAGGCUGAGAAGGCGCAAGCUGCGGCAGCAGAUAAAGAACAAGAAGAGGUAGAUGCGACGGAAACGAUGCAGCCCAGUGAGGUGGAAAAGAAGACGGCGAAUGCGGACCCGCCUUCCGCCGUUGCGCAGGCUGAUCCCGCUGUUGCUCUCGCCGCUGCCCCCGAAGUCGUUCCCGCUGUCACUUCCGCCGCUGCUCCUGCUGCUGCUCCCGCUGCCGCUCCCGCUGCUGAUCCUGCGGCACCACUUGCUUCCCCAGCAACCCCUGCCCCUCCUGCGGAAGGGGGGGCUGCUCCCUCCACUUCCCCCGUUGCUCCGCCAGCUCCCGGUGCGCCUCAGCAGGCACCAUCAUCCGCUCCCGCCGCUGCCGCCUCUUACGCAACGAUAGACGCGGAGAUCAAAGCGGUGCGCGACAUGCCGAAUCCUUUGGGCCCGGGACCUUCCGGAAGCGCAUCCGCACCAACGCCCGCAACAGACACUGCGCAAGCAUCUCCUGCGCCGCCAGCAGCGGCGAACGCAGCAGCGCCAGCAUCCGCGGCAGGAGGACAGGCAGCGCCAGUAAUAGAAACGAUCGAGCUGGACGACGACGACGAGGACGACGAAACGGACCACAGCGCGCUGAACGCCAUCCUCUCCGUGCCACCCAAAGAGCUCGAGACAGCGGUGGAGAAGCUCCUAUACAUCCACAUGAGGCCGCGCCUGCCAGGCGCGGAGGACGACGAUCAGGUCGCGCCGCACACGAUGGCGGCGCUCGAGACGGGCGUGAAGUGGGUGCUGAAGCGGCAGGGGUCGUCCGUGCCCGCGGAGCAGUGCGUGCGGCUGGCGAAGGCGCUGCUGCUGGACUCGCAGCACGGGAAGCGCGGGCGCCCGCGCAAGUACUUCGCGGAAGCGGAGGUGAACGUGGCGCUCGCUGCCGUGAGCGCGUGGCUGGAGCGGCGCAGGCAGCAGGAGGCAGGGGAAGGGGCAGGGGGCGGGGGAGCAGGAGGAGGGGCGAAACCAGGCGACGCAGCAGUUGCUGCGAAGGCGGCAGCAGCAGCGACUGCAGGAGCUGCAGGGGGGGCGGGUUUCCCUGGGCCGGCAAUGCAGCUGCUGGCGCAGCAGUAUCAGCAGGUGCCGCAGCAGCAGCAAGCGAGCUGGUUACGGCCUCCUGUUGCUGCAGCAGGCGGACUUCCGCCAGCAACGCAGCUGGCGCAGCAGCAGGGGCAUGGGCAGCAGCAGCAGCAGCAGCAGCAGGCGAAUCUACUGACCAUGCCGUCCCUGAACCCGCGGUUAGAUCGCUCAGUGGAACUGCCUGGUUACUACCCCAGCCGUGUUCCCCCAGGCCUGACGUUCAACUUACGCCCCGGCGCCAUACUCGCCGGCACCGUACCUCGCACCGUACCUGCCGGCUCCGCACCUGCCGGCACCAUACCUCGCACCGUACCUGCCGGCACCGCACCUCCCACCGUGUUUGCCAGCACCAUAGCUGCCACCACAGUUGCGGGACCGCCUGCGGGGAACCAGACGGACGGGGUGGGUCAGUGGCAGGGCAGAACGCGGUUGGGAGGGCUGGGGUCGAGGCAGCGACAGGGGAGGCAAGCGUGGGAGGGGUUUGGGGGGCUGAAUUCAGUGCCCACACAGCAAAGUGAAGAGGCUGGAAGGAGGCUUGUGAUGCCGGCGGGAGAUGCACAGCGGGUGACACAGGGGCGAGAGCAGGGAGUACAGGGGGUAACGCAAGGGCGAACAGAGGGGGUAACUCAGGCGCGCGGGCAGGGAUUAGCGAACGCACCACCGGUGAGGGAGUACGUGUUGGGGCUGAAGGCGCCUGAUAGGAGCACGCUGAGGCCGGGAGCAGGGUUGGUGGAUGUGCCUGUAGGGGGGGCUGCCCCGGGAGCAAUCCCGGGGUCGGGGCGGGGAGCGAGGCGAGGAGAACGGCAACCUGCUAGCGCUCUGCAGCAGCAGCUGCAGCAUCAUCAUCAGCAGCAUCAACAGCGGCGGCAGGAGCAGCAGCAGCAGCAGCAGCAGCAGCAGCAGCGGGUGCAGCAGCAGGCACAGAAGCAGCAGGAGAAGCCGCCAGAGGUGCAGCCUCCAACAGAGAAUCUCCCAGCGCCUGGGCUAGGCAAGGACGUAUGCGUGCAUAAGUACUACCUCCCCGGGAUAGAGCGCAGCGGAGAGGCGGGCAGGCAGAAGCAGGAGCGCGAGCACGCCACCCUGCUGGCGUUUCUCCACUGGCUCUACCCCCACCUGUGCGGGAUCUGCAAGGCGGUCGUGCAGCACGGGCCGUUUGUGGAGGGCGCGCAGGGGCGGUUUGGGGGGUACGAGGUGGGGGAUGUGGCCAAGGGGAAGGAGCGCGGGGUGCUGGUGCGCGCGCCCAGCAACUGGCGGAACGUGGGGGACUCCUCAUGGGCCACAGAGAUGAACCAGGUGCGUGGAGUGAAGAUGUUGGUGUAUUGUCGCUUAGCUGCUCUUUCCCCUUCAACUACUCUCGCUCGCAACAUCGCUCACCUUUCCCAUCUCCCUCCUCUACUCCUCCACCCACCACCGCCACCACCCCUCUGCGAGCAGCAAGGGCCAAAGAAGCGGCGGCUGGUGUUUGUGGGCUGGCAGGCGUUUGCGCAGACAGAGCGGGGGGCGGUGGACGUGGGCAUUCACAUCGAGGACACGGAUGCCAUCAGGUCUCUCCUCGCCAAGAAGCGCCGCCUGCAGCAGUUUGCUCGAAACCGAGUCUCCGACAUCCAAACCCUAAAAGGCAGGCUUUCCGAAGCUCGCGUGCAGGUUCGGUCGCUCAAGGACCAGGUUCGGGAUCUCCAAAGCCAGCUGAAGGCUGCCAAGGAGAAAGAGAAAGCAUGGGGACGGGGGCGGGGGCGGGGGCGAGGGGAGAGGUCAGCAGAGGACGAGCAGAAGCAGCUGCAGCGGCGGCUCAAGAAGCUUAAAGCCAGGGCCGGUAACCGUCCAAUCACCGCUGAUGACAUGGCGAUGCUGGAUCUGAUGUCAGAUGACGACGACGAUGACGAGGACGAGGAUGCGGAGGGUGACGGGGCGGCAGCAGGGGCAGAGGGAGCAGCAGCGGAGGGGGUGUGGGAGGAGGCAGCAGAUGCGGCGAUAGGAGUGGAGUUGUGGAUUCAGGAGUUGGAUGAGCCAGAUGAUGAGAUGGUGAACGAAUUGCUGGAAGACAUCGAAGUCAUGCCCAAUGUGGUUAUACCUAGUGGGACCAGUACACCCGGUGUGUUUGGGGAGUCACCGCAACUACCCGCUGUUGAUGUCCCAGCGCCGUCCCCUGCCGCGUUCUCGCCGGCUAACGCCGCGUUCUCGCCGGCUAACGCGUCCCCCUUUCAGAUUCCUCAAACUCCUAAUGCUGCUGCUCUCGCUGCUGCUGCGGCUGCUGCUGCCGGUUCUCCUGCUGGUGCGGGUGCUGCGGCGUCCCCAGCAGCAGGCAGGACCAUCUCGCCUCUCCUGCAGCAGCUGCUGCAGCGCUCCUCCCGCCCCAUUGCCACCAGAACCACCAAACCCCAGCGCUCUUCCGCCGCCCCCGCUCCUCCAACCUCUCUCAACCGCGCUCCCAUCCUCCCCACCGUCCCCCGCCACGCCUCCAACUCAUUCCUGCUUGCUGCAGCAUCAGGACAGAUUCCCACCCCUGCCGCACCUCCUGCUCCGUCCCCUGGCAACCCUCCCCGCACCCCUGGCUCUGCCGCUGCUGCUCCUCCCCGUGAGCGUUCCGGGGGGCCGUCCUUGGGCGUGUGGGAUAGGAUCCAGCAGAGGCGGAAGAGGGCAAGGGAGGGGCUGACAGGGGACCCGGAGGAGCCGGGGGCACAGCAGAGUGACGGGAGAGCGGGACGAGAGGGGCUGCAGCAGCAGCAGGAGGCGGGUGGGCGGGAGGGCAUGCUCACUCGCCCUUCCCUGGGGUCAGGCCGGCCCCUGGCUGGGUUACGGAAGAGGAGACGGGAGGGGCAGGUUGACCCGGUGUUUGGAUCCGCAGGGCUGCGGCCGCGCGGGCGAGAGCGCGACAUUCUGUUCUGGUUCCAGUCCACUGAGCGGCGCAAGAUGAACCGGUUCCAGUCACGGCUGGAGAAGCGCCUGCACAAGGUGAACCUGCAGAGGAGGGCGUGGCGGCGAGGCGAGGAGGGGGAUGGUGGGGAGGGGCCGGAUGGGGAGGAGGACGGAGAGGAUGGGGGUGGGGAUGAGGAGGAGGAGGGAAGGGAGGGGGAUGUUGUGGAGGUGGGAGGGGGUGAGGCGGGAGGUGGUGGAGAGGGAUAUGUGACCCUGUUGUCGAGUGACAAUGAGGGCAACGAGGAAGAAGAAGAUGGUGGUGGGGAGUGA